UUCAACUACAGGUCGACACAUCACCUGACCACAAAUGGGUUUUACGAGUUCCUCAACUGGUUCGACGAGAGGUCGUGGUACCCCUUGGGAAGGAUCGUGGGGGGCACAGUAAGUUUAACACAUACUCUGCUGUGAUCAAUCUUAAAUCAUCCCAAUUAAAAACGAGCCUGUUGGAUGAAGACAUAUUACAUAUAAAUAAAUAUAGGCCUAUACUCCCUGUGUGGUUGUAGUGGGUGGGGGGUUAGCUGAGGAAGCACCAUGGACCGUACCGUUUCAUAAGCCUCCCCCAGUGCUCUUCGGUCUUAGUCACGCUCCGGCAGCAACCAGUGAGCUGUUAACUUGGCGGAUUCCCCAUGACUGCCACGGUCCCCAUGACUGUUUACCAACAAGAACAGAUGUUUGGAAAUCACAACCUUUUUCACUGUGAGUUACUACCUGCUGAUUCUGCAGGAUUUAUCUCCCAUGCUUCUCCUAACUCGGCGGAGCCUCAUAUUUUUAGGCCGCCCUGUAAAAACUGUGCACUGAAGCGCUGUGAAUAAAAUACGACCCUGCUCUUCCUCACAGCUCCCGGCAUGUCUCUCUGUACUGUAAUCACAGUAGCUGAUGGGGUGACGAUUUUCGCCAGCCUUGGUAGUGCAAACCUUCGAAAUUGCUCCCUCUGUUACCUCCAUCACUUGCUCCACCUAGGUUGGCAGCUGAAGUUUCUCUUUGCUCCCUGCUGUGUACAAUGUAUUUACUUCAGGGUGGUGGGAGACAAGCACCGAGCAGUUAAGACAGCCAGACAUGUCAGUACUCAGUACCAUUGUCAGUCGUUUUAGCAGCAGCAGAUAUUGCCGCUAUAGAAUAUAGACUAGUAGCAAUGGCAGGUGUUGCUGUUUAGCAGCAAUGGAUUCAGUCAUUCUGCACAAGGGAUCCGAACAUCCUCACCUGCGGAUAACAAGUCUAUAUGUGUAGGCAGUGGACCAUACUGAUGCUCAGCGUGCCAGGUUACCGGUGAGAGUGCAGCAGGGUUUAGACCGCAGGUGGGUCUGACGCUGGGUACACAGAAUGCAAAUAAAUGCAAACUGAUGGUAGAUCCAGGUUCAAUACCUCUGGGAGAUAACUUUUUGCUGCAUGUCAGCUCUGUUUUCCCUCUCCCCCACAACAUGAUUACACUAUGAAGAUGAGAAGUGCUUCCCUCAGCUGUCCUGAUAGUACUUACACGCAGGCUACGUGGUAUGAAGGGCCUUUGAAUUUUUUCAGGCAGCCUUAAUGGUGCACAAACCUGUAUCGCUAAUGGAAUGUUACAAAUCACCUGUUCAGAAAACAGUGCUUCUAUGAAGUCCUUUUCAGAAAUCACACUAGUUGUAAAAGCAAAUUAACUCAUACUCUUUGUCUCUGGCAGUCAACAGAGUAUAGGGAAUGUACAGUGCCUUGCAAAAGUAUUCAUCCCCCUUGGCGUUUUUCCUAUUUUGUUGCAUUACAACCUGUAAUUUAAAUGGAUUUUUAUUUGGAUUUCAUGUAAUGGACAUACACAAAAUAGUCCAAAUAGGUGAAGUGAAAUGAAAAAAAUAACUUGUUAAAAAAAAAAAUAUAAAAAAAUAACGUGAAAGUGGUGCGUGCAUAUGUAUUCACCCCCUUUGCUAUGAAGCCCCUAAAUAAGAUCUGGUGCAACCAAUUACCUUCAAAAGUCACAUAAUUCGUUAAAUAAGUCCACCUGUGUGCAAUCUAAGUGUCACAUGAUCUGUCACAUGAUCUCAGUGUGUAUAUAUACACACCUGUUCUGAAAGGCCCCAGAGUCUGCAACACCACUAAGCAAGGGGCACCACCAAGCAAGCGGCACCAUGAAGACCAAGGAGCUCUCCAAACAGGUCAGGGACAAAGUUGUGGAGAAGUACAGAUCAGGGUUGGGUUAUAAAAAAUAUCUGAAACUUUGAACAUCCCACGGAGCACCAUUAAAUCCAUUAUAAAAAAAUUGAAAGAAUAUGGCACCACAACAAACCUGCCAAGAGAGGGCUGCCCACCAAAACUCAUGGACAAGGCAAGGAGUCCAUUAAUCAGAGAGGCAACAAAGAGACCAAAGAUAACCCUGAAGAAGCUGCAAAGCUCCACAGCGGAGAUUGGAGUAUCUGUCCAUAGGACCACUUUAAGCCGUACUAAAGCUGGGCUUUACGGAAGAGUGGCCAGAAAAAAGCAAUAAAAAUAAAUAAAUAAGCAAACACAUUUGGUGUUCGCCAAAAGGCAUGUGGGAGACUCCCCAAACAUAUGGAAGAAGGUAUUCUGGUCAGAUUAGACUAAAAUUGAGCUUUUUGGCCAUCAAGGAAAACGCUAUGUCUGGCGCAAACCGAACACCUCUCAUCACCCCGAGAACACCAUCCCCACAGUGAAGCAUGGUGGUGGCAGCAUCAUGCUGUGGGGAUGUUUUUCAUCGGCAGGGACUGGGAAACUGGUCAGAAUUGAAGGAAUGAUGGAUGGCGCUAAAUACAGGGAAAUUCUUGAGGGGAAACCUGUUUCAGUCUUCCAGCGAUUUGAGACUGGGACGGAGGUUCACCUUACAGCAGGACAAUGACCCAAAGCAUACUGCUAAAGCAACACUUGAGUGGUUUAAGGGGAAAACAUUAAAAUGUCUUGGAAUGGCCUAGUCAAAGCCCAGACCUCAAUCCAGUUGAGAAUCUGUGGUAUGACUUAAAGAUUGCUGUACAUCAGCGGAACCCAUCCAACUUGAAGGAGCUGGAGCAGUUUUGCCUUGAAGAAUGGGCAAAAAUCCCAGUGGUUAGAUGUGCCAAGACAUACCCCAAGAGACUUGCAGCUGUAAUUGCUGCAAAAGGUGGCUCUACAAAGUAUUUACUUUGGGGGGGGGGGGGGGGGGGGGUGAAUAGUUAUGCACGCUCAAGUUUUCAGUUUUUUUGUCUUAUUUCUUGUUUGUUUCACAAUAAAAAGUAUUUUGCAUCUUCAAAGUGGUAGGCAUGUUGUAUAAAUCAAAUGAUACAAAUCCCCCCAAAAUCAAUUUUAAUUCCAGGUUGUAAGGCAACAAAAUAGGAAAAAUGUCAAGGGGGUGAAUACUUUCGCAAGCCACUGUAGUCCUACACAAUGCAUGACUAGGGCUGUUGCGGUGGCCGUAUUAUAAUUCCACGUGACCGAUGAGUCUCCUCUUAGGCACUCUGGACAUGCAUUGGUAGUACCCAACUCGCUAACGACCGUCAAGUCGCUAAUGGCCUGGUACUCAGCGCUCUAUUAUUCCUCUAACCACUCUGACAUCAAUGCAAAUGCAACACUUAUCUAAACAGUGUCACGCUUUUAAAACUCCCCUCACUGUGAUAGAUCAAUUUGAGGCGGCACACAAUUGGCUCAGCGUCAUCUGGGUUAGGGGAGGGUUUGGCCGGCUGGGAUGUCCUUGUCCCAUUGCGCUCUAGCGACUCCUUGUGGCGGCCGGGCGCAUGCACGCUGACUUCGGUCACCAGCUGUACGGUGCUUCCUCCGACACAUUGGUGUUGUUGGCUUCCGGGUUAAGCGAGCAGUGUGUCAAGAAGCAGUGCGGCUUGGCGGGGUUGUGUUUCGGAGGACGCAUGGCUCUCGACCUUCGCCUCUCCGAGUCAGCACAGGAGUUGCAGCGACGGGACAAGACUGUAACUACCAAUUGGGGAGAAAAAAGGGUAAAAAGUACAAGAAAUACAUAAAAAAUAAAACAUCCAUAUGCAUAUUAGAGCUAAUGCAUAGGCCUAUAUAUGAGCCCAAGCCCGAAUAAAAACACCAGAAUCAAAAUAGUGAUUGUGUCGUUAUACAAUACAUAGCGUAAUAGCCUACUGCAUAUUACACAUGGCAGAAAAACAUUAAAAGAAAAAAUAUCGAUUUAAGUUAAAUCGUAAUCGCCUUUGAGUGUGGACUGUAUUAUUAUGCAUUAUGGCUGGACUGGUUACCUUAUGCUAUGCUCCGAACUGUCAAUCCUUGAGUCUGGGAGAGAACGUAUAGGCAGAGGCGAUGCUGUUGGUUCAUUAAUUGUGCAGGGUGGCUUAUUGUGUUAGCCUAUAUAGUGAAUUUGAUUUUGACUAGCCUAGUAAUAGGGAUUAAAAAAUAUAUAUUCAUAAUUAAUAGGCUGACACAUUACCUUUUAGCUGCAGAAUCUCACCACCGUGCAUUUCUGAAUGCUCCUCAGUGGUUGACGCGUGGAGUGAAAUGUGUUCUUAUAAGUCCAGACAUUUCUAUAUGCAAUCCUGAGUGAAAGCAGAGUUUUUAUGGUUGCCGCUAAAAAGAGGAUGAUCCCAGUUGCUACUAUAUUUAUUUCUCAGCUGCUAACAUUAAGCACGUGCUCCGCUAUAAAACGGCCUACCCGGCAUAAUUGAAAAACGAACCUUGGGAAAGCGCAUACUGAUAACGUGUUUUUGCCCCUGUUCCUGCACAUUUGACAAUGGGACAUUUUUAAAUCUAUACUCAUUUUACAUAUUAGUAAAGAAUAGAUUAAAUUGAAAAUAGUCUGAUGGGUGAAAACAUGAUCACUUGAUGAGAACAACGUGUGGAGUCUGAGGCAAGGAACAGAGCUCAAGCUUUGUUUGUGACUUUUUCAAAUCAUCAAUAGCCAGCCUAUAGUGGCAUCAUGCAGCCCAUAUGUUUUGAUUUCUAAGACAUUCUAAGGUUUGUAUCAUUCACAACUAUGCCAAAUCUAGCGUAUAGGACCUGUUUCAAAUGAUCACUUUAUAGCCACUUCAUAUGCACACUCUCUUCGGAAUGGGAAAAAUAUCUGUUCCAUUAUAUUCAGCUAAGUUCAAUUAUAUUUGUCUUCCUAUAAAAUCAUAUCAUAUAAAAUAAUGGCACGGGAACUUAUGAGCAUACACUGAGUGUACCAAACAUUUCCAUGACAGACUGACCAGGUGAAUCCAUGUGAAAGCUAUUAUCCCUUAUUGAGGUCACCUGUUAAAUCCACUUCAGUCAGUGUAGCUGAACGGGAGCAUACAGAUUCAAGGAUUUUUAAGCCUUGAGACAUGGAUUGUGUGUGUGUGCCAUUCAGAGGGUGAAUGGACAAGACAAAAGAUUCAAGUGCCUUUGAACGGGGUAUGGUAGUGGGUGCCAGGCACACUGGUUUGAGUGUGUCAAGAACUGGAACGCUGCUGGGUUUUUCACGCUCAACAGUUUCCCGUAUGUAUCAAGAAUGGUCCACCACCCAAAGGACAUCCAGCCAAUUUGACACAACUGUGGGAAGCAUUGGAGUCAACAUGGGUCAGCAUCCCUUUGGAACGCUUUCGACACCUUGUAGAAUCCAUGCCCGACAAAUUGAGGCUGUUCUGAGGGCAAAAGGUGUGCAACUUAAUAUUAGGAAGGUGGUCCUAAUGUUUUGUACACUCAGUGUAUGUUGUCUGCUAAAUUAACUACCCUAUAACCUAUGGCAUGCCGCAUAGCGAGAUAACAUAUAGUAGGCCGACUCAUGUACUGUUCUUCUUUAAAUACAUUUUCUUCAUAUCAUGUUUCAUUGGACCUGCCUAAAAUAAUGGAUUUAUUGUGAUGGUACAUAUUAAAUGAAUUUAUUAGACUUUCUUAAAUAUAGAUGUUGCAAAGGCCCGCAUCAGCGGCUUGUAUGCGUGGAGGCCUGGAGAUGCUAAACGUGUUUAUGUUAAUUAACGGUCAAUUACCUUGAGACCGGUAGUCAUUUGCAUGACAACCGGCUGACAAAAUGUCAUGACCGCCACAGCCCUAUGCAUGACAAAUCCCUAAAGGAAUGACUGCGUUACAGUACUAAUGAUUGGAUCAUGUAGUACCUGUUGAAGUGCAGCUUGACUGUAUCAAAUGUAAUCCAUCCCAUGCGGAUUGUGAAGUAUACCCAAGGGUUGCCUGACUUUCUCAGGCAUUCCAGAACUCCUUUAACACCUGAACGGUGUGUCACACUGCUUUUUCUUCAGAGUGGUAUUCCCCAAAACCCUUUCUUGCUAGUCUGCAUACAUUUUAGCACCUCUCCCGUCUCCAAACAGGGACCUAAGCAGUGUGCCGCACCCCACCACCACCUCUGCAUCCCUCCCUCUUUUCCCCACCCUGCCAUCUGCGCUCCUUCUCUCCCCUCUCUUAAUUCAAACUGCUGCAGAUGAGUCUGACAGUCCUCAUUAAUUGUGUAUGAUAACACAAGAUGGGUCACACUGCUUGUAGACGGACUAGCAGAUAUCAGUUAAUGUGACAGUGUCAGAUCCCUGGUCUUUUCUCUCCAACUCUUAAGGGGGACAUCCGCCAGCCGCUCCCUCUCCAGAGCCAUAGAUAAGAUUUGAGGGCUGAAUAAAUGUGACACUCUUUAACAAUAGGGCUCUGUCAAGCCAAUAAACUGCCCUUUGUUACUGUAAAGAAAAGGACCAGGCACAUUUUUAAGCUGACCGGCCAAAAUUCUAAGCAAUAUGGGGGAAAUGCAGACUACAGAGAGCCGAGAAUCUGUUGUUCUGGGGGCAACUAAACAGUGAUUAUUUCAGCAGUUGCUAGGCUCUAGCUCAAUCCUCAGGACAGGGCGACUGGGUUGGAUGAUUUGGGAGAGAGGUGCAAUAAGACCCUGGUUGAUAGGGAAGCACAGCAGGCAGAGACUAGCCAAAGUGCCCUGGACUUGUCUAUGCCUGGCAUUGCAUACCUCAGGGCAUCACUCACACUGAAACAUAGCCCCCCACCUGAAUUCAGAAACAUUUCACACAAGCCUAAUUAGGACUGGUGUCGUGCAUUAUAGACAGAGCCUUAAGGUUUGGUUGUUUGAGGCCUCAGCCUUGAAUUGGGCAAUUAGUCAGUAUUUCGGUGGAGAAAAUCACCUUACCUGUGUUUCCUUAAAUGUAAAUCCAGAGCAGAUUCAAUUAACUUGACUCACUCUUGUGGUAUGUCAAGCAAGUGGACACAGCAAGCCAACACUUACUUGAUGUAUCACUCUCCUGCCUGACCUGUGGAGUUCCAACUAACUGCUCAAUGGAUGUUACAGUACAUUAAGGUUCAUUAAAAGGCAUUUAGCAUUUUAUAUCCAGGAUAAGACAGGUAUCCCAUCCAUUUGCAUGAAGGUGCCAUAAAUGUUCCCAUUCCAUUCCCUCUGUUUUGUCUCUUUCUCUCUCCAGGUAUAUCCAGGUUUGAUGGUCACCGCAGGUCUUAUCCACUACGUGCUGAACCUGCUGCACUUGACAGUGCAUAUCAGGGACGUCUGCGUCUUCCUGGCUCCCGUCUUCAGCGGCCUGACUUCCAUCUCCACCUUCCUGCUGACGCGGGAGCUGUGGAACCAGGGGGCGGGGCUUCUGGCUGCCUGUUUUAUCGCUAUUGUGCCCGGGUACAUCUCCCGCUCGGUGGCUGGCUCCUUUGACAACGAGGGCAUCGCCAUCUUCGCCCUGCAGUUCACUUACUACCUAUGGGUAAGCCUGCCUCUUCCCGUCAGAACUUUAUCUUUUUUUGAUCCUUUAGUUGAUGUUUUAACACUACAUUUAGGGGCGGUUUCCCAGACACAGAUUAAGCCUAGUCCUGGACAAAAAACAUGCUCAAUGGAGAAUCUCUAUCAAAAUUGCUUUUUAGUCCAGGACUAGACUAAAUCUUUGUCCCGGAAACCAGCCAUUGAUGCUUUAACACUCGUAAGUACCAGUUGGAUGUUCUUUUUCAGUGUGUUUUCCGAUCGUAUACUCAUGCCCCAUUGAUGUGAAGGGUGGGACAUGUUCUAUUUGAAGAGAUUUGCAGUCCUUAAUGUUCUAAUAUCUACAGUGCAUUCGGAAAGUAUUCAGACCCCUUGACUUUUUCCACAUUUUGUUAUGUUACAUCCUUAUUCUAAAAUUGAUUAAAUUGUUUUUCCCCCCUCAUCAAUCUACACACAAUACCCCAUAAUGACAAAGCAAAAACUAGUUUUUUCUUGGGUAUGACCCUACAAGCUUGGCAAUACCUGUAUUUGGGGAGCUUCUCCCAUUCUUCUCUGCAGAUCCCCUCAAGCUCUGUCCGGUUGGAUGGGGAGCGUCGCUGCACAGCUAUUUUCAGGUCUCUCCAGAGAAGUUAGAUCGGGUUCAAGUCCGGGCUCUGGCUGGGCCACUCAAGGACAUUCAGACACUUGUCCCGAAACCACUCCUGCGUUGUCUUGGCUGUGUGCUUAGGGUCGUUGUCCUGUUGGAAGGUGAACCUUCGCCCCAGACUGAGGUCCUGAGCGCUCUGGACCAGGUUUUCAUCAAGGAUCUCUUUGUACAUUGCUCCGUCAUCUUUCCCUCAAUCCUGACUAGUCUCCCAGUCCCUGCCGCUGAAAAAUAUCCCCACAGCAUGAUGCUGCCACCACCAUGCUUCACCGUAGGGAUGGUGCCAGGUUUCCUCCUCCAGACGUGACACUUGGUAGCAGGAAACACCAGUGACUCAGUCAAUAAAAAAUUGGUCAGAUGAAGCAGAUGCUAAGCUACAGGACUGUUUUGCUAUCACAGACUGGAAUAUGUUCCGGGAUUCUUCCGAUGACAUUGAGGAGUACACCACAUCAGUCACUGGCUUCAUCAAGUGCAUCGAUGACGUCGUCCCCACAGUUACUGUACGUACAUACCCCAACCAGAAGCAAUGGAUUACAGGCAACAUCCGCACUGAGCUAAAGGGUAGAGCUGCCGCUUUCCAGGAGCUGGACUCUAAACCGGACGCUUAUAAGAAAUCCUGCGAUGCCCUCUGACAAACCAUCAAACAGGCAAAGCAUCAAUACAGGAUUAAGAUCGAAUCGUACUAUACCGGCUCCGAUGCUCAUCGGAUGUGGCAGGGCUCGCAAACUAUUACAGACUACAAAGGGAAGCACAACCGCGGGCUGCCCAGUGACACGAGCCUACCAGAAUAGCUAAAUUACUUCUAUGCUCGCUUCGAGGCAAGUAACACUGAAACAUGCAUGAGAGCAUCAGCUGUUCCGGACGACUGUGUGAUCACGCUCUCCGUAGCCGAUGUGAGUAAGACCUUUAAACGGGUCAACAUUCACAAAGCCGAUUGGCCAAAGGGAUUACCAGGACGUGUACUCCGAGCAUGCGCUGACCAACUGGCAAGUGUCUUCACUGACAUUUUCAACCUCUCCCUGUCUGAGUCUGUAAUACCAACAUGUUUCAAGCAGACCACUAUAGUCCCUGUGCCCAAGAACACUAAUGUAACCUGCCUAAAUGACUACCGACCCAUAGCACUCACGUCUGUAGCCAUGAAGUGCUUUGAAAGGCUGGUCAUGGCUCACAUCAACACCAUUAUCCCAGAAACCCUAGACCCACUCGAAUUUGCAUACCGCCCCAACAGAUCCACAGAUUAUGCAAUCUCUAUUGCGCUCCACACUCUCCUUUCACACCUGGAUAAAAGGAACACCUGUGUGAGAAUGCUAUUCAUUGACUACAGCCCAGCGUUCAACACCAUAGUGCCCUCAAAGCUCAUCACUAAGCUAAGGACCCUGGGACUAAACACCUCCCUCUACAACUGGUUCCUGGACUUCCUGACGGGCCGCCCCCAGGUGGUAAGGGUAGGUAACAACACAUCCGCCACGCUGAUCUUCAACACGGGGGCCCCUCAGGGGUGUGUGCUCAGUCCCCUCCUGUUCACUCAUGACUGCAUGGCCAGGCACGACUCCAACACCAUCAUUAAGUUUGCCGAUGACACAACAGUGGUAGGCCUGAUCACCGACAACGACGAGACAGCCUAUAGGGAGGUCAGAGUCCUGGCCGUGUGGUGCCAGGACAACAACCUCUCCCUCAACGUGAUCAAGACAAAGGAGAUGAUUGUGGACUACAGGAAAAAGAAGAGGACCGAGCAUGCCCCCAUUGUCAUCGAUGGGGCUGUAGUGGAGCAGGUUGAGGGCUUCAAGUUCCUUGGUGUCCACAUCACCAACAAACUAAUGCGGUCCAAGCACACAAAGACAGUCGUGAAGAGGGCACGACAAAACCUAUUCCCCCUAAGGAGACUAAAAAGAUUUGGCAUGGGUCAACAGAUCCUCAAAAGGUUCUACAGCUGCACCAUCGAGAGCAUCCUGACUGGUUGCGUCACUGCCUGGUAUGGCAACUGCUCGGCUUCCGACCGCAAGGCACUACAGAGGGUAGUGCGUACGGCCCAGUACAUCACUGGGGCCAAGCUUCCUGCCAUCCAGGACCUCUAUACCAGGCGGUGUCAGAGGAAUGCCCUAGAAAUGGUCAAAGAUUCCAGCCACCCUAGUCAUAGACUGUUCUCUCUGCUACCGCACAGCAAGCGGUACCGGAGUGCCAAGUCUAGGUCCAAGUGGCUUCUAAACAGCUUCUACCCCCAAGCCAUAAGACUCCUGAACAUCUAAUCAAAUGGCUACCCAAACUAUUUGCAUUGCCCCCCCCCCCCCCUUUACGCUGCUGCUACUCUGUUUAUUAUCUAUGCAUAGUCACUUUAAUAACUUUCCCUACAUGUACAUAUUACCUCCAUUACCUCGACUAACCGGUGCCCCCAUACAUUGACUCGGCACCGAUACCCCCUGUAUAUAGCCUCGCUGUUGUUAUUUUACUGCUGCUCUUUAAUUAUUUGUUAUUGUUAUUGUUCAUUUUUUUUAGAUAUUCUUUCUUAAUAGUGCAUUGUUGGUUAAGGGCUUGUAAGUAAGUAUUUCACUGUAAGGUCUACACUUGUUGUAUUCGGCGCAUGUGACAAAUAAAAUUUGAUUUGGUGUUCAGGCCAAAUAGUUAAAUCUUGGUUUCAUCAGACCAGAGAAUCUUGUUUCUCAUGGUCUGAAAGUCCUUUAGGUGCCUUUUGGCAAACUCCAAGUGAGCUGUCAUGUGCCUUUUACUGAGGAGUGGCUUCUGUCUGGCGACUAUACCAUAAAGGCCUGAUUUGAUAGUGAUGCAGAGAUGGUUGUCCUUCUAGAUGGUUCUCCCAUCUCCACAGAGGAACUCUGGAGCUCUGUCAGUGACCAUUGGGUUCUUGGUUACCUCCCUGACCAAGGCCCUUCUCCCCUAAUUGCUCAGUUUUGUCGGGCGGCCAGCUCUAGGAAGAGUCUUGGUGGUUCCAAACUUCUUACAUUUAAGAAUGAUGGAGGCCACUGUGUUCUUGGGGACCUUCAAUGUGGCAGACAUUUUUUGGUACCCUUCCCUAGAUCUGUGCCUCGGCACAAUCCUGCCUCGGAGCUCUACAGACAGGAUUCCUUUGACCUCAUGGCUUGGUUUUUGCUCUGACAUGCACUGUCAACUGUGGGACUUUAUAUAGAACUGUGUGUGCCUUUCCAAAUCAUGUCCAAUGAAUUGAGUUUACCGCAGGUGGACUCCAAUCAAGUUGUAGAAACAUCUCAAGGAUGAUCAAUGGAAACAGGAUGCACCUGAGCUCAAUUUCGAGUCUCAUAGCAAAGGGUCUGAAUACUUAUGUAAAUAAGGUAUUUCUGUUUUUUUAUUUUAAAUAAAUCUGCAAACAUUCCUAAACCUGUUUUUGCUUUGUCAUUAUGGGAUAUUGUGUGUAGAUUGAGAAAAAAUAAUUUAAUCAAUUUUAGAAUAAGGCUGUAACGUAACAUUUUCAGUAAAAAGUCAACGGGUCUGAAUACUUUCCAAAUGCACUGUAAUGCUCUAAUAGCUGCUUUGGUGUGGUUAAAUUAUUGAUAGACUGACUUAAAUCAUGAUAACCUUCACUCAGUCUGCUGACUGUUUGGGACACAGUGUGCUGCUUUGUGUAGGUUUCAGUCACUGCUGGUGACCUUUAAAAAUCGAGUAAUCGAAAAUAUCUAAGGUUGGAGUUGAAACGUGUUUCUUAUUUACCGCACUUGAACAGUCCGUUCAAUUGAACAGUAACCCUUUUUUCUCUUAAUGUCACACAAAAAAACGUCCCUGAUAGGCCUAGCGGAAUGACAGAUAUUACCAGACAUUGGAUAAGCUAACAUAGACAAGGUGGAAGUAUUAUCGAUGUGCACAAUGGCUUACAAUACCAUGGAAAUGGGCCAUAUGCUGUAGAAGUAGGAUUCUAGGCAAAAGAAACUCAAAUGUUCUAACUUUUUGCCCUCAGUGUGUGUCCUCUACCUUCAAUCGCAUUAGUGUCGCAGCCUCGCACACACAGCUCUACUCCUUCCCACAUUUUGUACAUUAUGCUCCCUGAUGACUUGAAGCCGAUGCAGGUGCAUGCAAUGUAUUCACAUAGCUAGAUGAAAUUGAAGUACAUUGUAAAUGGCCAAAUUUAACAUACAUUUCCCCCCUUAUCAAAGGUGACCUUGGCAGGGGGCGCCAGGCUCCCCAUCAGUUCCCUGUAUUAAUUUCACUUUAGUGGCAUCUAAGCCCCUCUAGACAAGCUGAUAAUCGCCACGACCUCUCCACACUAAGUCAUCCUAUAUUUUUCAGAAGUAAAACUGAGCAGCGCUCCUAACAAAUGGGGAGUUAGGUAGAUUUUUUUUCAUCCACCUGGCUUUGUCCUCCUUUUGAACCCAAGCCCAAGGACACACCGGCAUUCACGCAGGUAAACGUGACACGGGCUCUCUCUCCCACCACACUUCACUUGUUUGUCACCCUCAAGCUCUGCAGGAUGGUGACAGUAGAAAGGACCUUGUGUCCGUUUGUCCGUCUGUCAGCAUACAUUUGUCCAGUCAUGCAUGUAUUUGUGUGUUGUGCCUGAACUUUUUUUAUCUUUCAAUCUAUCAGUCAGUAGACUUCUUUCAGCUUGACACUUCACCUAUUAAGUACAGACAUUGAACUCCUGCGGGGGCUUGAGACGCCUUCAUCUGUUGCUUCCACAGCUUGAAAACCCAUAUCAGGGUUCUUGUGUAUGGAGUGCUCUGUGUCAUGUUAACUCAGGCAAGUGUGACUGAGCUGAUAACGCCACUUGGUUUGAAGAGCCUCUGCGUUCAUCAACUAGCCGCACACAAACACACACACACACACCCUGGAGCUGCCGGAGUUGUGUGAAAGAGCGUUUAACCUCCCGCCCAGAGUGUCGCAGAGAACCUCCCACAUUAUGAGUGUUAAUGUCAGAGCCGUGACUGGCUCCAGACCCAGGGGGCCUCCACCAUCUACACUCCACCACUGUUGUGACCUGAAACGCAGACAGCCAAUGUGUAAUUUGCUCGAUGUGGUGCAUUAUGCAUUUACUCGAGUACCGCUAAAACGCUACCAGGGACAUUCUCUGUUAUGAUUACUUAGGAACCUGCAGUGUCUGAUUGUGAUAAAUGUGUUUUCCUUGUGAUAAGCCGCCUUCUCUGUCAUGAUCAUUUCACAAUGAUUUGAUACGUAUCAUUUCAAUAUUUGGUUUAGUCAGAGGAGCAGCUGUUGCAUCUGCAGCUUCAUAAGAGCUUUUUAUUGUCAUUCCACAUAGAUUAUGCCUGUCUUAGAACGAACCAACACAACGAGGGCGUACCAAAUGGCAUCAAACUUCCUAUAAAGUGCACCCCUGUUAACCAGAGCCCAAUGGGUCCUGGGCAAAAGUAGCGCACUAUAUAGGGAAUUGGGUGCCAUGAUUUGGAAUGCAGACAAUGCGUGUUCCAGGUGACACAGGUGUCCCCCGCCAGUGCUCAUCAUCACCUCCUUAAGUGGCGCGUCAUUAGUGAAGCGGCGCCAUCGGUGGAAAAAAAACUUUCACACUGUCGUCGUUCCAUUUGGCGAGAGCCCCGAAAAGACUAUUAUGCCGGCUACGUGUCACUGCUUUUCAUUAUCAGUCUCAUUUACCCACGUUUGUCUCAACACUUCCCCCUCUUCUGCUCUCUUUCUCUCUCAUUCUCUAGCCCUUCCCUCACAUGCUAAAACGGGAACCUCUCCCAGGCUUCUUCUCCCCAGUCUUCAUGAUCCGUCUUCUUCAUUUUAUCUGCUAAUAACCCAUUCAACUCCAGCUGCUUAAUCUUCCUGGGUCGGCCCCACCUCAUCCCCUCCCUAAUCUAUAAUUGAAUCCUCUCGCACCCCAGAGAGCUGCCCUUUUUAACACUAGCACUCCCCGCUACCCCGCCUCUCCACCGUGCUUCCAUUGUUGUCCCACUAAUUCCACAGUUUCUCUAGGCUCACAUUUAAUUAGCCCUGCUCGUAUCGCUGUGUGUGUGUGGGGAGUAGAGAGAGACGUAUUUGAACAUGACCGUGCACAUGCUCUGCAUAGUAGUCUCGAGCCCUGGUAGAUUGUAGGCUAGCUCCCUUUUAAUUGGCACUGGGAAAGCUAUAGGCUUCUGGUGUUCCGCAGUGGCCUACAUCUUUGUCAGCUCCCUCAGUAUUACCUGUGAGGAAUUGUGUAGUUUCACUCGUGUCAAAACCAGAGCGCCGCUUCGGUGAGCCCUCAUCGGAGGGAACGAGCAUGACAUGGAAACCAUUUAGGGUUAAAAUAGAUGGGACUGUAGAGGUUUUCGCUGCUUGGCUGAGGCUCUGGUGGGUAUUUGGACCAGGCCUGCUUUCCACCGCUGAUCAAUCAAUCCUCAUCAGCAGAUCAAGUGAAGUGUGACUGAUGUGUACCUCAGACGACGUUCGAUAAAGAAGUCUGUGCUCCUGCCGCUGCCUGUCCUGCUCCCUGCCAUCACUUUCCCACAGUAGUCUUUCAGACAUGGUCCCUUUAAUGUGUUGACUCAGGCUGUGGGGUGAGACCAGGUAACCGGCAGUCCAAGCUAGUGUCAGGAGCAGACUAAAAUGCCAGGCAGCCCUCUCUUUUAACACUAGCAAGGCCGCUGGGCCAGACGCGUACCAGGGCGCAUUCUCAUAGCAUGUGCAGACCAGCUGGCAAGUGUCUUCAGACGUCUGCUAAAUUAUGUAAAUGUUCAUUUUCAAUCUCUCCUUGUCCCAGUCUGUAAUACCAACAUGUUUCAAGCUGACCACUAUUGUCACUGUUCCGAAGAACUCCAAGGCAACCUUCCUAAAUGACUAUCGUACCGUAGCACUCACAUCUGUAAUUAUGAAAUGCUUUGAAAGUCUGGUCAUGACACACAUCAACACCAUCAUCCCAGACACCCUAGACCCACUCCAAUUCGCAUAUCGCCCCAACAGAUCCACAGAUGACGCAAUGUCAAUAGCACUUCACAGGGAGGAGAUCAGAGACAUGGCAGUGUGGUGCCAGGACAACAGCCUCUCCCUCAACAUCAGUAAGACCAAGGAGCUGAUUGUGGACUACUGGAAAAAUGAGAGAGCAUGCCCCCAUCCACAUCUACAGGGCUGUAGUGGAAGAGGUCGAGAGAUUCGACCCCCUCAGGAGGCUGAAAAGAUUUGGCAUGGGCCCUCGAUCUUCAAAACGUUCUACAGCUGCACUAUCGAGAGCAUCUUGACUGGUUGCAUCACUGCUUGGUAUGGCAAAUGCACCGCCCUCAACCGCAAAGCGUUACAGAGGGUCGUGCGGACGGCCCAGUACAUCACUGGGGCUGAGCUCCCUGCUAUCCAGGACCUCUACAGGACUUAAACCGCCCUUAAACUGCUACUGUCCGGCAAACGGUACUGGAGCUUCGACUCUCGGACCAAACGGCUCUGAGACGGCUUCUACCCCCCCCGAGCCAUAAGACUGCUAAAUAGUUAAUUAAAUGGUUACCCGGACUAUCUGCAAUGACUCUAUCUUGCACCGACUCUAUGCACACUCAAGAGACUAUAUAUGCACUACACUCACACAAACCCACGCAUACGCAUAGACGUCAUACGCACAUACACACACUUUCACACUCGUCAUAUGCUGCUGCUACUCUGUUCUGUAUUUUGCUGUAUCUAUCCUGAUGCCUAGUCACUUUACCCUGCUUUUAUGUACAUACACCAUAUAUACAAAAGUAUGUGGACAACCCUUCAAGUUAGUGGAUUCGGCUAUUUCAGCCACACUCGUUGCUGACAGGUGUAUAAAAUUGAGCGCACAGCCAUGCAAUCUCCAUAGACAAACAUUGGCUGUAGAAUGGCCUUACUGAAGAGCUGUGACUUUCAACGUGGCAUUGUCAUAGGAUGCCACCUUUCCAACAAGUCAGUCCGUCAGAUUUCUGCCCUGCUAGAGCUGCCCCGGUCAACUGUAAGUGCUGUUAUUGUGAAGUGGAAACGUCUAGGAGCGACAACGGCUCAGCCGCGAAGUGGAAGGCCACACAAGCUCACAGAACGGGACUGCCGUGUGCUGUAGUGCGUAAAAAAUGUCUGUCCUCGGUUGCAACACUCACUACAGAGUUCCAAACUGUCUCUGGAAGCAACAUCAGCACAAGAACUGUUCGUCGGGAGCUUCAUGAAAUGGGUUUCCAUGGCCGAGCAGCCGCACACAAGCCUAAGAUCACCAUGCGCAAUGCCAAGCGUCUGCUGGAGUGGUGUAAAGCUCACCACCAUUGGACUCUGGAGCAGUGGAACCAGGUUCUCUGGAGUGAUGAGUCACGCUUCACCAUCUGGCAGUCCGACGGACAAAUCUGGGUUUGGUGGAUGCCAGGAGAACGCUACCUGCCCCAAUGCGUAGUGCCAACUGUAAAGUUUUGUGGAAGGGAAAAAUGGUCUGGGAGUGUUUUUCAUGGUUCGGGCUAGGCCCCUUAGUUCCAGUGAAGGGAAUCUUAACGCUACAUCGUACAAUGUCAUUCUAGAUGAUUCUAUGCUUCCAACUUUGUGGCAACAGUUUAGGGAAGGCCCUUUCCUGUUUCAGCAUGACAAUGCCCCCGUGCACAAAGCGAGGUCCAUACAGAAAUGGUUUGUCGAGAUCAGUGUGGAAGAACUUGACUGGCCUGCACAGAGCACUGACCUCCAACCCAUCGAACACCUUUGGGAUGAAUUGGAACUCCGACUUCGAGCCAGGCCUAAUCGCCCAACAUCAGUGCCUGACCUCACUAAUGCUCUUGUAGCUGAAUGGAAGGAAGUCCCCGCAGCAAUGUUCCAACAUCUAGUGGAAUGCCUUCCCAGAAGAGUGGAGGCUGUUAUAGCAGCAAAGGAGGGACCAGCUCUAUAUUAAUGCCCAUGAUUUUGGAAUGAGACGUUCGACGAGCAGGUGUCCACAUACUCUUGGUCAUGUAGUGUAUCUACCUCAAAUACCUCAUACCCAUGCACAGUGAUAUGGUACUGGUACUCCCUCUUGUUACUAUUUGUAUUAUUUUGGGGAGAAAAUAUCUGCACCGUUGGCAGGGGCUAGUAAGUAAGAAUUUCACGGUAGAGUUUACACCCGUUGUAUUCAGUGCAUCUCUCUACACAGCCGGAUUCCCCCCAUAUACAGUCUCUGGUGCCCCCUCAUCUGUUUAGGAGCUGUAAUUAAGACUGUUAAUGAAACAACUGUUUGGUUUCACUGGGAUUAUAUGGUGUUUCACUAACACUUUUCCACUGUUCCAUCAAGUGAAUGUAGGCUAUGUUAGUUACAGCAUACUGUGGGAGUUAGAAAGUGCUAUUAACUUUGUUGUCCUGGAUGAUAUGUUUGACAGAAUCAGUUUACUGGUCCUUAACCCUUUGUUGUGACUGUUCUCCCCCUCAUAGGUGAAGUCGAUCAAGACCGGUUCGGUGUUCUGGUCCAUUGGCUGCUGCCUCUCCUACUUCUACAUGGUGAGUGUCAAAGAGCCUUAGUUAUUGGCCGGAAAAACAGUGUCAUUGAUUUCCACCGAUGUAGCAUUCCAUCUAUGGGAAUUGGAAGUCAUGAUUACAUUAAGAUAGCCCCGAGAUGGCAUAGUUGAGAGCAGUCGCAGACAUCAAAAGUGGCGUGAAAAAGGAGUCUGUACUGGCGCGUUAAAUGUUAUUUAUGAAUCCCCCCCGACCUGUCGGGGUCGAUGGAGAGAUAAGAUAAAAUAUUAACAGAUCCGACUGCCUCCGAGCGCUCUGUGUACGAUUGUUGAUGUUGAGCGCCUGCAAAGAUCUGCUUCCAGCUCCUUCACAGUUAAAUCUCCCCUCAGCCCGGGAAGCGACAGAUGUCAAAUGAAACGCAUUAGAGAGAUCCAGCUCCCAUUGAUUCCUUCGAUUCCAAGCUCCUGCAGGAAGAGAGAAGGGGAAAGCCUCUAAUGACCACAUUUGAAGAGAAGGGAGAGCAGGGAGAUUUUCUACUGAGAAACCACGGCAACUUUAUAAGCCCCUCUCUCAUUCUGUAUGUCUCACUCUCUCACUCCUCAGGGAUCCAGAGUGUGAGAAUAUUUUGGCCUUCCCCGCUCUACGGUUCUGACUAGUGAGUACAGCUACGAUCGGAAGUUACUUUUUCAUAGCAGGUUAGGCGAGCUUACGCAGCAGGUUAGGAUAAUUAACGUGGCAGGUUAGGACACUUAGGUCCAGAAAAGGGUUAGGGUUACUGUUAGCUAAAAUGCUCUCCUAACUUGCUACAAUAAGUCACUUCCGGUCAUAGCUGUACUCCCUCUAAUCACAACCCCGCUCUACCCAUCCUCCCACUAACAUCCUUCUGUAGUCUGAUGUCUGACUGAUGCCUCUCCUGUUGCAGGGUUUGUUGGCAACACGACAAGCCCGUAUCUCCCUUGUCACUCUCUCGCGACACUCUAGUGGGAGUGACUUGCAGUUGCAGCCCUCCAUGCUGCAAUAUCUACCCCUCCACCGCUUCUUCCCAUCUCUCUGUUGAUUAAGGAUAUUGUAUUGGCCCACACAACAAGACCAAGUCCCUCGCUUCCGCAUUGUCUCCGUACUGCUGUGCUGUUUGUUGCUACUUGGCUACCUGCCAAACUAUUCACGUUUUACUUUUAAUAAACGUUUAAUCAAUCUUUGUGUUCAACAAAUUUACCAACUUUUUAGUUUUGUCCUCACUCAUCUUUUUUCGUUAAACUUUUUCACCCCGGACGUUUAUCCCGAGACAGAAGAGUCAUUUUCCUGUGCGUUUUAGCUGCCAACUUUACGUUAUUUUCCAUCGCAACUUUUUUCCCUUAUUCAACUUUUUCACUCCGGACGCUUUAUCUGGACAUGGUUCAUCAACAUCUUCAACAGCCGAAGCUAAGUAGUAACAUUAACAUGAUGUCUUCUAAUUGCAGUCGCUGUACUCAUAAUAUACAGGAGAAUUCUCGCCUUACGGCGAGAAUAGCUGUGCUACAAGCCCAGCUUCAGACGCAAUCGUUAGGCAAGAGUAAUAUCAGUGUAGGAAAGGAAGAAACAGCGUCUGUGCCACCAGUAAGUACAGACAGUAACGUUAGUAUAAAUCCCCCCGCACAGUCCCCGCAGCCGGACAACUUUCUCAUGGCUUCUGGAGGGAAAUACUGUUGGAAUGCUCAACCGGUGUCGCUCAUUCAGCCGACAGAAACCUUCAACCGGUUUUCCCCAUUAUGUAGCGAGUCGGAGUCUGAGUCUGAGUCUUCUCUAGUCUCUACUCCUCCCGUUACGGGGUCUGAGACGCCGAAGGCUCCCACCAUUAGCUCUGACAAAUUGAAAACCCUAGUCAUUGGCGACUCCAUUACCCGCAGUAUUAGACUUAAAACGAAUCACCCAGCGAUCAUACACUGUUUACCAGGGGGCAGGGCUACCGACGUUAAGGCUAAUCUAAAGAUGGUGCUGGCUAAAGCUAAAACUGGCGAGUGUAGAGAGUAUAGAGAUAUUGUUAUCCACGUCGGCACCAACGAUGUUAGGAUGAAACAGUCAGAGGUCACCAAGUGCAACAUAGCUUCAGCGUGUAAAUCAGCUAGAAAGAUGUGUCGGCAUCGAGUAAUUGUCUCUGGCCCCCUCCCAGUUAGGGGAAGUGACGAGCUCUACAGCAGAGUCUCAGCACUUAAUCGCUGGUUGAAAACUGUUUUCUGCCCCUCCCAAAAGAUAACAUUUGUGGAUAAUUGGCCCUCUUUCUGGGACUCACCCACAAACAGGAUCAAGCCUGACCUGCUGAGGAGUGACGGACUCCAUCCUAGCUGGAGGGGUGCUCUCCUCUUAUCUACCAACAUAGAUAGGGCUCUAACUCCUCUAGCCCCACAGUGAAAUAGGGUGCAGGCCAGGCAGCAGGCUGUUAGCCAACCUGCCAGCUUAGUGGAGUCUGCCAAUAGCAUAGUCAGUGUAGUCAGCUCAGCCAUACCCAUUGAGACUGUGUCUGUGCCUCGACCUAGGUUGGGCAAAACUAAACAUGGUGGUGUUCACCCUAGCAAUCUUAUUAGGAUAAAGACCUCCUCCAUUCCUGCCAUUAUUGAAAGAGAUCGUGAUACCUCACAUCUCAAAAUAGGGUUACUUAAUGUUAGAUCCCUCACUUCAAAGGCAGUCAUAGUCAAUGAACUAAUCACUGAUCAUAAUCUUGAUGUGAUUGGCCUGACUGAAACAUGGCUUAAGCCUGAUGAAUUUGCUGUGUUAAAUGAGGCCUCACCUCCUGGUUACACUAGUGACCAUAUUCCCCGUGCAUCCCGCAAAGGCGGAGGUGUUGCUAACAUUUACGAUAGCAAAUUUCAAUUUACAAAAAAAAAAAUGACGUUUUCAUCUUUCGAGCUUCUAGUCAUGAAAUCUAUGCAGCCUACUCAAUCACUUUUUAUAGCUACUGUUUACAGGCCUCCUGGGCCAUAUACAGCGUUCCUCUCUGAGUUUCCUGAAUUCCUAUCAGACCUUGUAGUCAUAGCAGAUCAUAUUCUAAUUUUUGGUGAUUUUAAUAUUCACAUGGAGAAGUCCACAGACCCACUCCAAAAGUCCUUCGGAGCCAUUAUCGACUCAGUGGGUUUUGUCCAACAUGUCUCUGGACCUACUCACUGCCACAGUCAUACUCUGGACCUAGUUUUGUCCCAUGGAAUAAAUGUUGUAGAUCUUAAUGUUUUUCCACAAAAUCCUGGACUAUCGGACCACCAUUUUAUUACGUUUGCAAUCGCAACAAAUAAUCUGCUCAGACCCCAACCAAGGAGCAUCAAAAGUUGUGCUAUAAAUUCUCAGACAACACAAAAAUUCAUUGAUGCCCUUCCAGACUCCUUCUGCCUACCCAAGGACGUCAGAGGACAAAAAUCAGUUAACCACUUAACUGAGGAACUCAAUUUAACCUUGCGCAAUACCCUAGAUGCAGUUGCACCCCUAAAAACGAAAAACAUUUGUCAUAAGAAACUAGCUCCCUGGUAUACAGAAAAUACCCGAGCUUUGAAGCAAGCUUCCAGGAAAUUGGAACGGAAAUGGCGCCACACCAAACUGGAAGUCUUCCGACUAGCUUGGAAAGACAGUACCGUGCAGUACCGAAGAGCCCUCACUGCUGCUCGAUCAUCCUACUUUUCCAAAUUAAUCGAGGAAAAUAAGAACAAUCCAAAAUUUCUUUUUGAUACUGUUGCAAAGCUAACUAAAAAGCAGCAUUCCCCAAGAGAGGAUGGUUUUCACUUCAGCAGUGAUAAAUUCAUGAACUUCUUUGAGGAAAAGAUCAUGACCAUUAGAAAGCAAAUUACGGACUCCUCUUUGAAUCUGCGUAUUCCUCCAGGGCUUAGCUGUCCUGGAUCUGCACAGCUCUGCGAGGGCCUGGGAUCGGGAGAGACACUUAAGUGUUUUAGUACUAUAUCUCUUGACACAAUGAUGAAAAUAAUCAUGGCCUCUAAACCUUCAAGCUGCAUAUUGGAUCCUAUUCCUACUAAACUGCUGAAGGAGCUGCUUCCUGUGCUUGGCCCUCCUAUGUUGAACAUAAUAAACAGCUCUCUAUCCACCGGAUGUGUACCAAACUCACUAAAAGUGGCAGUGAUAAAGCCUCUCUUGAAAAAGCCAAACCUUGACCCGGAAAAUAUAAAAAACUAUCGGCCUAUAUCGAAUCUUCCAUUCCUCUCAAAAAUUUUAGAAAAAGCUGUUGCGCAGCAACUCACUGCCUUUCUGAAGACAAACAAUGUAUACGAAAUGCUUCAGUCUGGUUUUAGACCCCAUCAUAGCACUGAGACUGCACUUGUGAAGGUGGUAAAUGACCUUUUAAUGGCGUCAGACCGAGGCUCUGCAUCUGUCCUCGUGCUACUAGACCUUAGUGCUGCCUUUGACACCAUCGAUCACCACAUUCUUUUGGAGAGACUGGAAACCCAAAUUGGUCUACACGGACAAGUUCUGGCCUGGUUUAGAUCCUACCUGUCGGAAAGAUAUCAGUUUGUCUCUGUGAAUGGUCUGUCCUCCGACAAAUCAACUGUACAUUUCGGUGUUCCUCAAGGUUCCGUUUUAGGACCACUAUUGUUUUCACUAUAUAUUUUACCUCUUGGGGAUGUUAUUCGAAAACAUAAUGUUAACUUUCACUGCUAUGCGGAUGACACACAGCUGUACAUUUCAAUGAAGCAUGGUGAAGCCCCAAAAUUGCCCUCGCUAGAAGCCUGUGUUUCAGACAUAAGGAAGUGGAUGGCUGAAAACUUUUUACUUUUAAACUCGGACAAAACAGAGAUGCUUGUUCUAGGUCCCAAGAAACAAAGAGAUCUUCUGUUAAAUCUGACAAUUCAUCUUGAUGGUUGUAAAGUCGUCUCAAAUAAAACUGUGAAGGACCUAGGCGUUACUCUUGACCCUGAUCUCUCUUUUGACGAACAUAUCAAGACUGUUUCAAGGACAGCUUUUUUCCAUCUACGUAACAUUGCAAAAAUCAGAAAUUUUCUGUCCAAAAAUGAUGCAGAAAAAUUAAUCCAUGCAUUUGUUACUUCUAGAUUAGACUACUGCAAUGCUCUAUUUUCCGGCUACCCGGAUAAAGCACUAAAUAAACUUCAGUUAGUGCUAAAUACGGCUGCUAGAAUCCUGACUAGAACCAAGAAAUUUGAUCAUAUUACUCCAGUGCUAGCUUCCCUACACUGGCUUCCUGUUAAGGCAAGGGCUGAUUUCAAGGUUUUACUGUUAACCUAUAAAGCGUUACAUGGGCUUGCUCCUACCUAUCUUUCCGAGUUGGUCCUGCCGUACAUACCAAUACGUACGCUACGGUCACAAGACGCAGGCCUCCUAAUUGUCCCUAGAAUUUCUAAGCAAACAGCGGGAGGCAGGGCUUUCUCCUAUAGAUCUCCAUUUUUAUGGAACAGUCUGCCAACCCAUGUGAGAGACGCAGACUCGGUCUCAACCUUUAAGUCUUUACUGAAGACUUAUCUCUUCAGUAGGUCAUAUGAUUGAGUGUAGUCUGGCCCAGGAGUGUGAAGGUGAACGGAAAGGCUGGAGCAACGAACAGCCCUUGCUGUCUCUGCCGGGCCGGUUCCCCUCUCCACUGGGGUUCUCUGCCUCUAACCCUGUUGCAGGGGCUGAGUCACUGGCCUGCUGGUGCUCUUUCAUGCCGUCCCUGGGAGGGGUGCGUCACUUGAGUGGGUUGAGUUACUGACGUGAUCUUCCUGUCUGGGUUGGCGCCCCCCCCUUGGUUUGUGCUGUGGUGGAGACCUCUGUGGGCUAUACUCGGCCUUGUCUCAGGAUUGUAAGUUGGUGGUUGGGGAUUUCCCUCUAGUGGUGCGGGGGCUGUGCUUUGGCGGAGUGGGUGGGGUUAUAUCCUUCCUGUUUGGCCCUGUCCGGGGGUUUCUUCGGAUGGGGCCACAGUGUCUCCGGACCGCUCCUGUCUCAGCCUCCAGUAUUUAUGCUGCAGUAGUUUAUGUGUCGGGGGGCUGGGGUUAGUUGGUUAUACCUGGAGUACUUCUCCUGUCUUAUCCAGUGUCCUGUGUGAAUUUAAGUAUGCUCUCUCUAAUUCUCUCGUUCUCUCUUUCUCUCUGAGAACCUGAGCCCUAGGACCAUACGUCAGGACUACCGGGCAUGAUGACACCCUGCUGUCCCCAGUCCGCCUGGCCUUGCUGCUAUUCCAGUUUCAACUGUUCUGCCUGCGGCUACGAAACCCCUACCUGUCCCAGACCUGCUGUUUUCAACUCUAAAUGAUCGGCUAUGAAAAGCCAACUGAGAGACCUGAGCCCUAGGACCAUACGUCGGGACUACCGGCCGUGGUGACUCCUUGCUGUCCCCAGUCCGCCUGGCCUUGCUGCUAUUCCAGUUUAAACUGUUCUGCCUGCGGUUAUGGAACCCCUACCUGUCCCAGACCUGCUGUUUUAAACUCUAAUGAUCGGCUAUGAAAAGCCAACUGAGAUUUAUUCCUGAUUAUUAUUUGACCAUGCUUGUCACUUAUGAACAUUUUUGAACAUCUUGGCAUGGUUCUGUUAUAAUCUCCACCCGGCACAGCCAGAAGAGGACUGGCCACCCCUCAUAGCCUGGUUCCUCUCUAGGUUUCUUCCUAGGUUUUGCCUUUCUAGGGAGUUUUUCCUAGCCACCGUGCUUCUACACCUGCAUUACUAGCUGUUUGGGGUUUUAGGCUGGGUUUCUGUACAGCACUUCGAGAUAUUAGCUGAUGUAAGAAGGGCUAUAUAAAAUAAAAUUGAUUGAUUGAUUGAUACUCACCAAUGAGGCUUAAUCGAACAUGGCACAUCUGCAAUGGCCAGUGAGAGAUUCCGUGCUCAGCUCUGUCAUAAUCAGCCCGUGGGAGGGAGAGAAGAAACUCAGUUGAGAUGUCAUGAUGGACAAGAACUGUGAAAACCCCUACCGUGAGAUGCGUGACAUUCUAUCUACCGUCUCCUGGGAGAGAUCUUGUAUUCCCUAAGUUCCUGUGACAGCGCACUCCUACCGUGACAGCACCCCCCUUCACCCGCCCCCAAGUUCUUUUCCCUCGUAAAGUAUUUAUGAGAUGUUCUCAGCACCACAACUCAGCUCUUCAGGUGAUUGUUUGUAAGAUGUGCCGCUUGCUGGAGGUUAUUAUUAGAAGUCAAGCAAUAAUCACAACUCUUGAGGCCCUUUUUACAGUGGAAAAAUCGAUGCAGAGCCAGAGCUUUGCAGUGACGCAGUGGUUCACCUACCUCCCCAGGCCCCACCUGACUUUCAUCAAAACAACUUUCUCCCACAAAGACCUUUCUCAUGCCAUCUGAUACCCCCGUAGGUGACCAACAGCAUCUCCGGUUAUUCUGUUUUCAGCAUCCUACCCCCCACAAAGGUGCCUGAGCCUCUUUAGCCCCCUUCUGAGCCAAUCUAGCCCUGUAGCAAGACCCCUACCCCCUUUUACCACUACAAUACCAUCCAUCUCCCUAUGCUUCUUCAUAGUGGCCCUGGGUGGCUAGAUAAGCGAAGUAGAGUGUGGGUAAAGAUAAUGGUUAAAGUCUAGGCUCUAAUGGUGUCUGGUUCUUUGCUGACUGCAGUAAGACCUGUCCAUUAGGGUCACGGGGCCAAAUGCUGAGGUGCACACACUAACAGAUUAGCAUUGUGCCCAUUGGAAGCCCUAACAUCGUGUAACAGCCCUUCCUCCUCAUUGUAACAUACAGAAACUGCUCGUCCACCUGGUUGUAUUGUAACAUACAGAAACUGCUCGUCCACCUGGUUGUAUUGUAACAUACAGAAACUGCUCGUCCACCUGGUUGUAUUGUAACAUACAGAAACUGCUCAUCCACCUGGUUGUAUUGUAACAUACAGAAACUGCUCGUCCACCUGGUUGUAUUGUAACAUACAGAAACUGCUCGUCCACCUGGUUGUAUUGUAACAUACAGAAACUGCUCGUCCACCUGGUUGUAUUGUAACAUACUGAACCAGUUAUUCUUCCUCAUUGUAUUGUAAGGGAAGCUUCUCCAAGGACAACUGCUCUUCUCAUAGAACUACUGGCACAACAUGGCAUGAAAGCCUUACAGGGAUGUCACUCGGAUGUUUCAAUACCCCCAAGUGAUAUUAUGAGGAUGUGUCUUAUCUAAUCAGGGAAUCUACUAACUACAUUAUCUCAUUUUACAUUUUAGUCAUUUAGCAGACGCUCUUAUCCAGAGUUUUAGUGAGUGCAUACAUUUUUCAUACUCUCCAUCUCCAGCUUAUAACAUUCCUGAUAGUUGCUGUUGCCAGAAGGAUAUAUUCUUGACUAUAUCCAGAGUAAGAGGUGGAUUUAUUUAAAUACAUCAAGCAGGAUGCCUAGCGGCCUGACCAGGAAAAACAUUGUUUCGAUCGAGGUUUUUCUCAAGGGAAGUGUGAUAAGUUUUCAGUGAAAACAUCGGUUUUGUUGGUUUCUUGAUGUAGGACUGCGCUAUAUCGAUAAAUGCAUUGUUUACUCUUACAGGAAUAUUGAUCGUGUCUGCACCAGCUCUUUCAGCUACCUCGCUGUCUCUUAGCAGACUUUUUUGGUGGUAAACAAGAUAUUUUGUGCUUGGUGGUUCAGCAAUUUGGACUGUACUCUCCUCAAAGAAUCUCAGCCUCCAGAAGAUUGCUGCCUGCUUAUUCGACCCUCAAAACCAUGGGGGGAAGUGAUGUAAAAAAAAAAAAAAUGUGUCUCUCAUACACAAGCUUCUUUUUCUCAAACAACACACACAUAUACACACACACAUCGGCGAAGUCAUUAGCAGUAGAUUUGUGAGAUGUUUGGUCAAAUUACGCUCGAAUUACGUCCGGGAGGCUGCGGGAUGCGACCCUCAGAGCGAGACACUGGCCUCACUUUCUCCUCUCCUCACUGUCACCCCCCAGCAGUUCCUCUGGACGGGUGUUUUCAAUUAGCAACCUCUUCUCUCAGUGAACCGCUGUGUCAAAAAAAAAUAGAAGUCGUCUCUGUAUUCAUUCAAGUUACGGUUCAGCUGUACCUAAUUAGCUCACACCAUCUGAAGCUAAAGCUAAAGAUACAAAUGGCUGUGAAAAGGUAAUUACACUUAACCACGCCAGAAGGAACUUAUUGAGGGGAUUUAUCUCCUUCUAGUGUGACUUUUCUGUUUUUCGCAAUUAGGGGUAAUUGCGAAACAUAUUUUAACCAUAGAUGAGUGAUUUGUGAAUGCAGUGUGUGAUUGUGUGGCUAAGCAGGUUUGUGUCUGUGAGAGUGUGAGCAUUUAUCCCAAAAGGCUGUCCUAAACAGGCUGUCCUCUGUGCUCUGUACACCCUACACAGUGUGAUUUUCAAUGGAGCCGUUUGAAGUACUGCAGCUGAUGUUUUUGUAGAGUAUUUUAUAAGCCCCUCUCAUUUCACGCUGCGUGUCUGAGACAAUGUUGCUGCAUAAUUUCAAGGCGCUUUAAAAGUUGAAGCAUUUUACUUCAGUCAUACAGUGUUAAAUAUGAUUGAAUUGGUUUUAUAUGGGGCCACUGCAUAUUUCCAUGUAUUCCUGUUGCAGGUGUCUGUUUUACUGAUGGCUGUGUGUUUGUGUUGCAGGUGUCAGCAUGGGGAGGAUAUGUCUUCAUCAUCAACCUGAUCCCUCUGCAUGUGUUUGUGCUGCUGCUCAUGCAGCGCUACAGCAGGAGGGUCUAUAUCGGUGAGUGACCACAAACACUUUAAUCUGCUAAAGAGAUCUGACCAUCAGCCCCCUCUAUUCAUAGGUUGCACCUCCGUCACUCGGUCACAUCAUGCCAUUGUUAUGAACGUUCUCAAGCCGCCCUCUAUCGGCGGCGCCAUAGUGGUGCCCUAAAGUGGUGAGAAGCCCAGUCAUUCUGGAGGGAGGCUAACUACUGUUUAGUCUAAAUUACACUAUAGUGCCUGGAAAUACGAUAACAUUGCCAAAGUAGUCAAAUGUUUAGUAGGAAAGAACUUUGCCAGCAUUAUCAUGUCGUCAAAUUUACUUUAGACAGAUGGCAAUGCUGUCAUUGGCUAGUAAAGUUUGUCAAACUAGCUAGCUAACGUCCGGUGUCCUUCCCUCAAUCUUAGCUAACGUUAUACUAGAUCUAAAGUCAAUCUGGCGACAUCAAAAGGUUUUCCUACUAAGUAUUUGCCUCCUUUUGAAUGGCAUUGUAUUUCCAAGCCACUAUAAUCCAAGCUACUAUAAUGCAUUUUGAUGAAAUCUUCAUCAGUGCUCAUUGACGAUGCAUUGAGUAGAAUGCUCAGUUGGGCAUCAGUCCAAAACGAACGUUCAAAACAAUAUUGUGAUGAAACAUGCAACACAUGAAUAUGUGACCGCAAACCUUCUCUAUCUGCUAAAGAGAUGUGACCGCACGCACUUGUUUCCUCUAACCACUAACACUUGUUUGCUCUCCUGAAUGAGUUUAAUUAUUCUGAAUUCAACUGCGAAUAUCUUCCUGUAAAUUGCUGAGUAAACCAAUGGUCUAAGAACCAGACUUAUUUCUGUCCUUGAGGCGUACAGAACAGAACACAUCACUUGUCAGACAGAACAUUGCAUAUAUGCUGCAGCGUCGUAAGCAGUACAUAUUUAUCUGAGCUGAAGGAACAGCAGGCUAGCUGGGUCAAGAUAAAUGGUCUAGCAUCAGUUACUCUUGAUUGUCCGUAUUGCUCACAGUAAACAGUACCCCAUUCUUGGGCCUUUGAAAAUAAAUGACGACUCUAGUUAAAAAGAGGGCCUCGACCCCGCUGUACUCAAUCUCUCUGCAUUUUCCCCAACAAAGAAUUCCACCCUUCGACAAGAACCAUUUGUUAAUGUGGAAUAUUUUUGCAUUGUUCUGAAAUAUUUAUUGCUUCGAACGCAGAGGAUGUCAACCUCAAGCACCCUUUAAUAGAAGAGGACUUUGCAUAGUUAUUCAAGCAACCAUCUUGUGCAAGGUCUUGCUCCUUAAAGUGUUUCAUAACCAUCUCGUUUUGAUCUAGUUUUAACCUUUCUCCUUCAUCUACCAUAAAGAAAGCACUUCUAAAAACUAGAUGCCUCUUUGGCAUCGGAGCUUGCCACAAUGAGAGUCCCUCUUGAACAAAAAUGCAGUUCUAUUUCACACAGGUCAUUUCUUAGCUCCAUCAGUCAACAGGCGAUAAUGAAUCAUAGUCGGGAGUGCUCAGGGCUAGUCACAGCCACUUCAAAAAGCCCCAGUGUUCAGGAAAGGAUGAAAUCUUAAUUAGGGCACACUCCUUUAGAAUCAGCUCCCCCGAGCUACAAAGGUGGGAGUUCUACUGCCGGCUCAUGUUAGGUCCCCCACUGCGCUUUUCUUUGCCCACAUCUAUGUAAAUUACUCCAGAUAAGACGUUAUUGUAUUUACUCCCUCUCAGAAGUUGCAUUGAGAAAAUCAAUUCACAUGAAAUACCUCUAACUGAAGUGAUGGUGGGUUUUUGAAUAGAACAGUAUGUGUGUUUGACCUGUUUGUUUGAUCUCAUCUCUCUCUCUUUCUAUCCCUUUGUCUGUUUCUCUCUUUCUCCCUCAGCUUACAGCACUUUCUACAUCAUGGGCCUGGUGCUGUCCAUGCAGAUCCCGUUUGUGGGCUUCCAGCCAAUCAGAACCAGCGAGCACAUGGCGGCAGCAGGUAACCUCUUUUUUUGUCUCCUGAGCACACGAAACAACUCACCAUGAGACGCACACCGCUUUUUCAAUUAACCAGGUAUGUCUCGUUGAGAUAAAAAUCUAUUUUUCAACAGAGACCUUAGACCAUGACCAAGCAGUUCUCUUGUAUUGGCAGUGCCUUUUUACCAUUUUGUUGAUGCAACCUAAGUGUUCCCAUCUCGCCAACGGUCCCAGCUACUCCCAGACAGCAUUUAGGUUGUAUUCAUUUAUUCUGGAGGGUAGUAACAGCUAGGGGUGUGAACGUUUGAACAGUAAAACUAAAUUGGAUUCAUUAAAGUUAAGAAAAAAUCCCCAAACGAAAAACGUCUUUUUUUUUUUUAAGGAAAUGUAGAUCACAGUGCAGUUAUCACAAAACAUAUUAUUUGCUGUGUUAUAGUCUAACUAGACAAUAGGCUAUAAAAACCUGGGUAAAGUUGUGUAAUUUAAAUAAAACCUGAGAGAAAGAGGUGGACUUUGCAUGGCAUGAAAGACAAGACAUUGCGAGAUGGAUUACUAAGACGCACGGUUCUUUCUGCCUACCUCUCUCUCCCUUUCACUGACUUGCCUGGUCUUUCUAUUCACUAAUGAUGCGAGUGUGUGUUCAUUUGUCGGUCUGUUGCGUGUAGAAUAUCCUAGCCUAUUCAUUGAUGAUAUGCCCUGCUUUACUGAAGUUGCGAGACAUUGCAAGCCAAGAUAUUGCAAGAUACAGCAUUCCAAUUGCGAGAUACAGCUUUUGAUUACCGAUAGAUAGGCCUAGUGCACGGUUCUGACUCUGUCUGCCUGGUGUCCGACCUACCUAUACUGUACCACUCCCCUCUCACUAUGAAAGAUGCGAGUGUUUGUGUUCUCGUAAGUACGGCAACUAAUCUGUCUGGCAGAAUCAAAUUUUGACUUUCAGAAAUGGAAGUCAACCCCGAGAGGCUACGUGCAAUGGGUUGAGAAGUCAAUUAUUUUGGAGUCUACUCUCCACCACUACGUCAUCGUUAAGUUGGAAAAUUGGCAGAGAAAGGCCAGCGACAGCAGCGAAGUCCUGUAUGGCAAUACUUUGCUAAGUUAAAUGAGAAGAUAUUGGUGGUAGUAGGUGCAAUGAUUAACUAUCUGAAAGGGACUCAUUGUUAGACCCAAACCGUUGCUGUCAGCAGCUGCAUUGUGAAUUAAUGUGGAAUAUUUAACGUUUUAACAGAGAACCACAUUUUUUUUCUUCUGUUUUAAACGUUAAGAAAAAAGUAUAUUUGUCAACAUCCCUAAUAACUGGAUUACAUAGCUCUACAGCAUCCAUUUCAGGUUCCUCUUAGUCUAAUGUAGCUUCUGAUGUAGCGUCUGAUUUCUGAUGUAGCGUUUGGUAUGGGGGUGACCAGGGCAGCACAGCACGUCAGCGGCAUGGGCUUUGAGGAACGCCCCGCCGCUCUCUCAAAGGAUGGGCGUGUUUGGCGUCGGGCAGCAGCUGCUCGUAACAUCUGGCGGCGUGUCUUCAGCGGCAGCCAGCGCCCAGCAGAGUGAUGGGCGUUAGUGUCACCCGCUCUCUCGGUUCUGGAGGAGUUAUGACCUUGGAAUGCUCCCGGGGGUUCGGAACUCUGAAGUGCUCCUCUGUUUUGCUAAGGGGACGGAAGUGACGGGACAUCAGAGAACAGAACAGAGAUCCCAUUUAGCCUAAACUGUUCCUGUUAUUCAAAUAUGUUGUCAUGUAUUAUUACAGCAUCAGUGUGUAGCACAUCUAUAGUAAUACUACCAUCAAAUGAUAGUCCUUCUGAUUUGAAAUGUUUUGUAUAUGAACCUGCUUGCAUGAGAGAUUAAGGUUGCUGUAAUAACGUGCAUACGCCAACAUUCUGUGAUUGUGUGUGUCCUGCCACAGGUGUGUUUGCGCUGCUCCAGGCAUAUGCAUUGCUGCAGUACCUGAAGGACAGGCUCACCAAGCAGGAGUUCCAGACCUUGUUCUUCCUGGGGGUGUCGCUAGCUGCUGGGGUGGUGUUCCUCACCGUCAUCUAUCUCACCUACACUGGUGAGUCACUAUACCUUACCAUUACACAUACAGUGCCUUCAGAAAGUAUUCACACCACUUGACUUUUUCCACAUUUUGUUGUGUUAAAGCCUGAAUUUAAAAUGGAUUACAUUUAGAGUUUUUGUCACAGGCCUACACACAAUACCCCAUAAUGUCAAAGGGGAAUUAUGUUUUUAGACAUUUUUACAAAUGAAAAGCUGAAAUGUCUUGACCAGGGAGGUUUUCCAAUGCCUCACAAAGAAGAGCACCUAUUGGUAGAUAUUUGUAUUUAUUUAUUUUUAAAGCAGACAGUGAAUAUCCCUUUGAGCAUGGUGAAGUUAUUAAUUACACUUUGGAUGGUGUAUCAAUACACCCAGUCACUACAAAGAUACAGGCGUCCUUCCUAACUCAUUUGCCGGAGAGAAAGGAAACUGCUCAGGGAUUUCACCAUGAGGCCAAUGGUGACUUUAAAACAAUUAGAGUUUGAUGGCUGUGAUAGGAAAACUGAGGAUGGAUCACCAACAUUGUAGUUACAAUACUAACCCAAUUGACAAAGUGAAAAGAAGGAAGCCUGUACAGAAUACAAAUAUUCCAAAACAUGCAUCCUGUUUGCAACAAGGCAAUAAAGUAAUACUGCAAAAAAUGUGGCAAAGUAAUUAACUUUUUGUCCUGAAUACAAAUGUUAUGUUUGGGGCAAAUACAACACAUUGCUGAGUACCACUCUCCAUACUUUCAAGAAUAGUGGUGGCUGCAUCAUGUUAUGGGUAUGCUUGUAAUCGUUAAGGACAGGGGAGUUUUUUAGGAUAAAAAAUUAAUGGAAUGGAGCAGGCAAGAUCCUAGAGGAAAACCUGGUUCAGUCUGCUUUCCACCAGACACUGGGAGAUUAAUUCAUUAUUCAGCAGGACACUAACCUAAAACACAAGGCCAAAUCUACACUGGAGUUGCUUACCAAGAAGACUAAAGAAGAAUGUUCCUGAGUGACCGAGUUAUACAUAACAUAUUCCUAACCUCCACUGUUCAACAUUCCUCUCGAGUCCCGACCCACAUAUGCCCUACUACUGAACAGACACCUGACCCACUAAAGCAGGGCUAUUUAAUUAUUGUCCUGGGGGGCUAAAGCUGUUCGUACCUCAUAGUUAAUUGCACUCAUCUAGUGUUCCAGGUUGAAAUAAGUCCCUGGUUAGAAUGGGCAACAGUGAAAACCUGAAGCGUUUCGGCUCUUGAGGACCAGAAUUGAAAAGCCCUGCACCAAAGGGUCCCUAUUCACUUUGUCAUUAUAUCUGUACACUACCCAUACCACCUUAUGCUGUCACAUACACACCAGUGUCAACCAUACGCCAAAAAGUCCUCAUAAUAACCACUAAUGAAAGUGUGUUCAAGUUCCCAGUCCUGUGUAUUGAUUGUUUGUUCAUUUAGGUUACAUCGCUCCGUGGAGUGGGCGGUUCUACUCGCUGUGGGACACCGGGUAAGCACUGCUAACCUUAAUUCACACUUUCCUAUCGAUGAAACACUUGUUUAAUUGAAUAUGUGUCUCUGCGAAAGGGCUUCCGCCAUCUGUAGUUUCAAAGGAAAUGUGAGCGUAGUCUUUUUCUUCUCAAACACGCUUAGGCUACAUUCUGUACAUAAACUGCAGCGUGUCUGAUUUCGGCAUUAAGCAUCGAUCAAUCGGUUUGUUUGCUGACAGCACCGCUUUAGCGCUCCCUUUACAUUCCCUUUGAGGCGGUUUCUUGAAUCUUCAUCUUCCCUGAAGUACCAGAUGUUUGUCUCUUCUAUCCUUAUCACUCUUUCCUUCCCCCUCUCUCCCUCUCCAGCUACGCUAAGAUCCAUAUCCCCAUCAUCGCGUCGGUGUCGGAGCACCAGCCCACCACCUGGGUUUCGUUCUUUUUCGACCUCCACAUCCUGGUCUGCACCUUCCCAGCAGGCCUCUGGUUCUGCAUCAAGAAUGUAAACGACGAGCGUGUCUUCGGUAAGCCGGGGCUCGUUAAAACACACUGACACUCAACAUACACAUAUCAUUUGAAUAUUUAGUGGGGAGUAGGGUAAUUUGAGAAGAAUAUGCAUUAUAGCGAGGACAUUCUCAUGUUAUUGAUAUACUGUACAAACCUGUUCCUAGAAGGUGUACUGGAAGAGGAAAUGUAGAACAGGUUCACACAGCUCCAGUGCAGGAGGGGCUACGCUUCAGCUGGUUUCUGUUUUUCCCUUGCACUUAAUUGAUCAAUUAAUGCCAUUGAUAGCCCCGAGAGCCUGCACGUCUGUUCACCCAGCUCUAAAUCAGUUUCUCUCAGAUUAAAAAAACACCCUUGAGGACCUGAGUUGUGCACCAUGCACUUUUUACAUUAAUUAUCCUGCCUUUAACCUAUCCUGCCUCUCUGCCGCCCCCCAGUGGCUCUCUAUGCCAUCAGCGCGGUCUACUUUGCCGGGGUGAUGGUGCGCCUGAUGCUGACCUUGACGCCGGUGGUUUGCAUGCUGUCGGCCAUCGCCUUUUCCAGCGUGUUCGAGCACUACCUGGGGGACGACAUGAAGAGGGAGAACCCUCCCAUAGAGGACAGCAGCGACGAGGACGACAAAAGGAGCUCAGGGAACCUCUAUGACAAGGUCAGUAGGAGUCACAGUCCAGGGCCCUUAUUCAUAAAGCACCUCAGAGUAGGAAUGCAGAUCAAGGAUCAGGUUCCCCCUGUCUAUGUUAUGAUCAGUUUAGCCUUUUUGAUCAUAUGUCAGCACUUCGAGGGCUCUAGUUUAACAAACCUAACGCAAUGGUAAAUCUAAGUGCUGGCGGUAGCGCUAUACGUUCGGGGCUGUGUCAAAUCAUUUCGCUAUUUUCACAACCAAGAAUGAUUGCCGCUGUACUGGCGGUGGUGCCAAAGGGCUGGGUUUUGAUGAAUAAAUAAGUUGUAGGUGUGUUGAUGCUUGACACCUCACUGGCCAAUCAGAACAUGCUCCAUGGCUAAAUAUGUGACCCACCACCUGGAUUCGGUCCUAUGUAGAAUGUUUUUGACAUUGAGUCUCUACUUUUAUCCAGAGCUAGAAAAUGGUAUAUCAUACACUGCAGUUGAGGAACAAUGGGAAAGUAAUUCUGCUUUGGAAGUUGAUAAACUUGUAACGCCACUUUUGAGAAAAUGGCCCGUGAAUGUUUUGAUACACCUACUGGAGAGCUCUUCUUUGUCUACACCCAUUCAGCAUCAUUCACACCCACUUUAGCCUUAACCUCACCCAUUUAUUUAAGGUUUCAUAUGUGAGGCCAUGUGCUAAACAGAGUGAAUAAGGUAGUGUAGUAAACAACCAAAGAUUUCAAGACUAAAAUUGGUGAAAAUAGUAGCAAAAAGUAGUAGUAAAAAUACAUUAUCUAGUCCUUGGCCUAUAUCCUAUUCUGACAUUGGUGCAGGUCAUGUUGUUCUUCACAUUACUGUCUCUGGUAAACGCACACUAGAUCACAUAAAAUCUAUGUUUAUUUGUCACAUGCACAGGAUACAGAAGGUGUAAAUGGUAAAGCGAAAUGGUUACUUCCAUAGUGGAGUCUUUUGUUUAGACGUAGCUAGCUAAACAAUGAACCAUAAUCCCAACUCUAAUGCUGCGUUCAAAACCACUUGGAACUCGGAAAUCUCUGACUUCAGUGCGUUCAAAACAACUAUGAAUUCAGAAAAAAAAACUAGCUCAGACUGGGAAAAAUUUAUUUAAACAGUCAUCCAACUCUGAAUUCCAACUCGGGCACUCAGGCCACUUUCUGGAGCUCCGACUUUCCGACCUGAAGAUCACUGACGUCAUGAUUUGACCUCGUAUUUUUCAGAGUUCCCAGUUUUGAACGCGGCAAUACUACCAUGGACCAGCACUUAGACAAAGCUCAUCACUAAGCUAAGGACCAUGGGACUAAACACCUCCCUCUUCAACUGGAUCCGGGACUUGCUGACGGGCCAAUUAGGGGAGGGGUGGUAUGGUUAGGGAAACAUAAUAAAGGAAAAUAUAUUUAAAGAUAUAUUUAUGUGUAUAUUUACAAAAAUAUAUAAAUGGGGGAUUGGAAAUGAUGCAGACAAUUACAUUGAUGGAAGCUGCAAUAUUAAAGAAAAAAAAAACUUUACGCAUCUGUGGGAAGCAUUGUAGUCAACAUGGGCCAGCAUCCCAGUGGAACGCUUUCGACACCUUGUAGUCCAUGCCCCAACGAAUUGAGGCUGUUCUGCGGGCAAAAGGGGUUGCAAUGCAAUAUUAAGGUGUUCCUAAUGUUUUGUACACUGUUUGCUGCUACUUCACUCAAUCGGUUUUUCAAAGUAUCCCUUCCGAACUGUUUUACAAUCUGCUACAACCCCUUUUAAUCAGCUGUUUUCUGGAAGGAGAAAAGCAUGCACACAUUUAAAAACAAUACGGUAUUUAUCCUUUUAUUUAUCAAAUGUUUUUCACAACCAGCAAAAUUAGUUGUAUCACUUUACACAUUUAUUUUGGGAUUACACCCCUGUAAACCUAAUUUGCCUGAUGAUGCGUGGGUAGAGGAGUGUCAUGUCAUACAAGCAAAUUUGUUUCCACAUUUCCUCUACUCACUUUGCUCCGCUACCUGAUUACCUUGGACCUUUUUCAAAAGCAGGCGAGGAGAGGACGUGAGGAGUCGCGCAAAACCAAUUGAGAUUCUCCAACUGCCCUCACCUCAUAGGCCUACCUUUAGUGGGGUAUUGCAUUCCACUCUUACACCUCUAGUGUACUCUGCUCUCGCAAUGUGAACCCUUAGCCGUUAAUUCCAGUUGACACCUACAGGUAACUGCCAAAAUAAUGAGAUAUGCAAAGUACAUUAAAAGCAGUUGCUACCACACAGGUGGGGUUCCUGAGUUAAUUAACAUCCCAUCAUGCUUAGGGUCAUGUAUAAAAAUGCUUGGCAGGCAUUUAUUUUGUCCAUUACUUUGGCUACCAUGGCUAUGCCCCCAUAGGAUUACAAUGCCCCCAUCCACAGGACACGAGUGGUCACUGAAGGGUUUGAUGAGCAUGAAAACUAUGUAAACCAUAUACCAUUGCCGUCUGUCACCACAUCUCAACCCAACACUUAUCUGAGAUUCUGGAGCGGUGCCUGAGACCGCGUUUUCCACCACCAUCAAUAAAACACCAAAUAAUGUAAUUUUUUAUGGAAGAAUGGUGUUGCAUCCCUCCAAUAGAGUUCCAGACACUUGUAGAAUCUAUGCCAAGGUGCAUUGAAGCUGUUCUGGCUCAUGGUGGCCCAACGCCCUAUUAAGACACUUUAUGUUGGUGUUUCCUUUAUUUUGGCAGUUACCUGUAUUCAACCCAUAGACAUAUUCGUGUAAGGAGUUACAAAAUAAUGUCAAAUUUCACUCUUUGUAUUGCAACUCUGAUACUGUCUGUUUAGUGGGCCAGUUUGUUGUGUAUUUGUCUCCCUCUGCAGGCAGGAAAGGUGCGCAAGCAUGUGUCUGAGCAGGAGAAGGCAGAGGAGGGGCUGGGCCCUAACAUCAAGAGCAUAGUGACCAUGCUGAUGUUGAUGCUGCUCAUGAUGUUCGCAGUCCACUGCACAUGGGUCACCAGCAACGCCUACUCCAGUCCUAGUGUGGUGCUGGCCUCCUACAACAACGAUGGGUAAGGACUAAUAAUAUAUGCCAGACACUUAGCAGACACUGUUAUCCAAAGCGUCUUAUAGUCAGUCAUGCGUGCAUACAUUUUUACGUAUGGAUGGCUCUGGCUGGAAUUGAACCUAUGACCUUUGGCGUUGCAAGCGCCAUGCUCUACCGAUUGAGCCACACCGGACAAUCUACCAUACAGUUAAAUAAUGUCUACUUGUAGAACAGAUAUAUAGUACACUCCAUGCAUACAAGCUCCACAUAUCUUUCUGCAUAUACACUACAUGACCAAAAGUAUGUAGACACCUGCUCGUCGAACAUCUCAUUCCAAAAUCAUGGGCAAUAAAAUGGAGUUGGUCCCCCCCUUUGCUGCUAUAACAGCCUCCACUGUUCUGGGAAGGCUUUCCACUAGACGUCAACAGUGAAGAGGCUACUCCGGGAUGCUGACCUUCUAGGCAGAGUUGCAAAGAAAAAGCCAUAUCUCAGACUGCCCAUCUUAAUCUUUUAUUUUUAUUGGCCAGUCUGAGAUAUGGCUUUUUCUUUGCAACUCUGCCUAGUCGUUCAGCAUCCCGGAGUCGCCUCUUCACUGUUGACGUUGAGACUGGUGUUUUGUGGGUACUAUUUAAUGAAGCUGCCAGUUGAGGUCCUGUGAGGCGUCUGUUUCUCAAACUAGACACUAAUGUAUUUGUCCUCUUGCUCAGUUGUGCACCGGGGCCUCCCACUCCUCUUUCUAUUCUGGUUAGAGCCAGUUUGCGCUGUUCUGUGAAGGGAGUAGUACACAGCGUUGUACGAGAUCUUCAGUUUCUUGGCCAUUUCUCAGAACAAGAAUAGACUGACGAGUUUCAGAAGAAAGUUAUUUGUUUCUGGCCAUUUUGAGCCUGUAAUCGAACCCACAAUUGCUGAUGCUCCAGAUACUCAACUAGUCUCAAGAAGGCCAGUUUUAUUGCUUCUUUAAUAAGCACAACAGUUUUCAGCUGUGCUAACAUAAUUGCAAAAGGGUUUUCUAGUGAUCAAUUAGCCUUUUAAAAUGAUAAACUUGGAUUAGCAAACACAACAUGCCAUUGGAACACAGGACUGAUGGUUGCUGAUAAUGGGCCUCUGUAUGCCUACGUAGAUUUUCCAUUAAAAAUCAGCCGUUUCCUGCUACAAUAGCCCUUUACAACAUUAACAAUGUCUACACUGUAUUUCUGAUCAAGUUGAUGUUAUUUUAAUGGACAAAAAAAAAGAUUUUCUGUCAAACAAGGACAUUUCUAAGUGACCCCAAACUUUUGAACGGUAGUGUAUAUAUAAUAUAUUUUGAUUUGUUUAACAGUUUUUUUUGUUACUACAUAUGUGUUAUUUCAUAGUUUUAAUGUCUUCACUAUUAUUCUACAAUGUAGAAAAUAGUACAAAUAAAGAAAAACCCUUGAAUGAGUAGGUGUGUCCAAACUUUUGACUGGUACUGUACUUUUGUGUAUAUAUAGUGUGUGUGUGUGUGUGUGUGUGUGUGUGUUCACACAUGCGCAUACAUUUACACACACAUAGUACAAAUGCACGAACACACACUCACAUAUACUCACACAAAAUGAUAAAAGGGCAUGCACGUUAAUAUUUCAUCAGAUAAAGUUGUGAUGUUGAUGAGCUCAGUGUUAACCUGAUUAUUGUUGUGUAUCUCUGCAUUGUAGUAUUUUUGUAUCUUGUCCCAUAACAAUUAACAGGUGUGCCUUGUUAAAAGUUAAUUUGUGGAAUUUAUUUCCUUAUUAAUGCGUUGGAACCAAUCAGUUGUGUUCCCCCUCUUACCCCUCCCCAAAGAAAGAAAACAAAAACAUUGUAAAGUGGUUAUCCCACUGGCUAUAAGGUGAAUGCACCAAUUUGUAAGUCGCUCUGGAUAAGAGCGUCUGCUAAAUGACGUAAAUGUAACAAGGUAGAGGUUGUAUACAGAAGAUAGCCCUAUUUGGUAAAAGACCAAGUCCAUAUUGAUAGUGGUAUUCAAUAGUUUACCAUGUGUAAUGUACUAUGCUCUCUAUGUGCUAUUCUUUCAAUGUGAGGAUGAAAUGUGCUUUUGCAAGACUUUGUGUGCUGCUUUUCUUUCAAUUCGAGCUUUAAAAAUAUUGUGACACGGAAAUAGGAGGAAGUCUAACUAUUCGACAAACUCCCCAUAGAUAUAUUUAUGCGGGUACAAUAUUGGGUCGUCAUUGCCGUGACCUGUCAUCCCUGUGUUAUAGGAUCCCAUAAUAAUAAGUUACCAAACAUAUGGUUGCCUGGCUGUCAUUCCCAUUACUGUCAUUCCCGUAACUCCUCAACUCCGUCACUCCCCGUAGGACGAGGAACAUCCUGGAUGACUUCAGGGAGGCCUACUAUUGGCUGAGGCAGAACACAGACGAGCACGCGAGGGUUAUGUCUUGGUGGGAUUAUGGCUACCAGAUAGCAGGCAUGGCUAAUCGAACCACGCUAGUCGACAACAACACAUGGAAUAACAGUCAUAUAGCACUGGUGAGUCACACAACAUAAUAUCAAAAGGGGGCAUUGGGAGGUUUUGGGGGUUUGAGGAUUUCAACUCAACUCAAAUACCUUAUGCUCCAAAGUAAAUAGGCUUCUUGACUUUAACUUGUAUCAAUGAAUUCAAUACAUUCACUUGUAGGAGCUGCAAUAAUGUGUGUUGGAUAUUUUUUGCUCUAAUGACUUGAUUGAUUUUUCGCAGGGCCAGCACAACUUUGAGAUGCGAGUGUUGUCUUUUUUGGAGUCUCAUUUUCCCACCAUAUCUUAUUUCUAUCUCCCUGCAUCUUUCCUCUGCUCAAACUCCUCUACUUCCCUUAUCUUCUCUCUCCUAUGUAGGUGGGGAAAGCCAUGUCGUCCAAUGAGAGUGCAGCGUACGAGAUCAUGAGGAGUCUGGAUGUGGACUACGUGCUGAUCAUCUUCGGGGGCGUGAUUGGUUACUCAGGCGACGACAUCAACAAGUUCCUGUGGAUGGUCAGGAUAGCGGAGGGAGAGCAUCCCAAGGACAUUCGGGUGAGUGCAUGGUUUCUUGAGACUGCCCCUAGUUGGGUUCACCGAUGCCUCACAAUUCGGAAGGACCUUCAUUCACUCUUCUAUUUAUAAUCCUCUUGUUAUGCUGAUGAACCUGGUUAAACACUUAGAUUUGAGGAAUACAGUAAUUCAUCAGUCUGGGCAAAACCAAGGACAUUGCUGUUCCUAGCUAUGUUUAUUUUCUUCACUGGCACUUGGUCGUAGGACAAAGUAUCUAAUAUCCAAUGCAGAUUUGUAAACAUAUGUGUUUUUGAAUAUCAAAGACAUGAACUGAACAAUGAAUGGUUGUAAGACUACAUCAUAUCAUAGAUGGCAAGUUAUUUCAGUUUUUAUUCCCCUAUUAAGUUCAGUCUCUGCUAUUUGAUGUCAGUGUCCUUGAAGAAAUCGGGAUGUGGUCUUAACACUCGAGUGUCUCACUUUCUUCUCUCCUCGUGCCCAUGUGCCCUUCAGGAGAGUGACUACUUCACCCCUCAGGGAGAGUUCCGCGUGGACAAGGCCGGCUCGCCCGUCCUGCUCAACUGCCUCAUGUACAAGAUGUCCUACUACCGCUUUGGCGAGAUGCAGGUGAGUGGUGGUGAAGAACUUGAAGCAACAGCAGGCUACAGUAAGCACUGAGUGACUGGCAAGUGAGGUGCUUAAGGAUGUGCUGACAAGCGUGGGGGAUGGAUGGAGGGAGGGUGGGUUAGGGUAGCGCUCAGAAUUGCUCAGGCUCUGGCAGGUACAGGCGAGAUAUGAGAGCGAAGAGCUGCCAGGUACUUAUAGCGAGCUGCAUGUUGCCUGGUCAGCAGCUCAGUGAAGAGGAGGAAGGAUCAGUGGGCUGCUUCAGUAGGUUCCACAGACAGGCAGCCAAGCAAAGCUGUAGCUGUCUUAACCCAUAGAGGAGAUGAGAGACAGGUUCAGAGAAUGAUAAAGGCAAGGGAACAGAGAUUGGUUUUGUGGAAGAGGAAGUGACAAGGACAGAAUAAGAGAUCAGAAGGAGGAGGUAGAAGAAAGUGUAGAGGGAGGGAGGGAUAGGUGAAGGGAUGUACAGAUUUAAAAGAGCAGGGAAAGAGCCUGAUAAUGAAGUAAGAUGAAAAACACAACAUUUGUGUGAAGGUAGACGCCCUCAACCCCACCUACUGCUGUCCUUAUCUCUCAGCUGGACUUCCGGACACCGCCUGGGUUUGACCGCACCCGCAACGCUGAGAUCGGCAACAAGGACAUCAAGUUCAAGCACCUGGAGGAGGCGUUCACCUCGGAGCACUGGCUGGUGCGCAUCUACAAGGUGAAGAAGCUGGAGAACAGGGAGCCGCUGGAGCACAAGCUCCGCAGCAUCGUGCCCAGGCAGAAGUACACCUCCAAAAAGGUAAAUGGCUUCCAUGUCUCUCAGCAUUCAUUCUGAUAAUGAAUGUAAGACAUUAUAUGAUACUGGUGUAGUGAGUUUACAUAUGAUUAUUUCUUCUCAAAUUUUAGCCACCAAAAGGAAAUGUUCAUAAAAUGUGAGCCAACUCACUUCUAUUUCCUACAGUUAAUGUGUGUGCGCUCAAAUUCUGACUUGUAGAUAUAUAGGAAAAAAUUGCCAAUUGAAAAGGGGUUUGUAAAUCAAGUUUGUUUCAUUACACAGACUGCUAAGAGGAAGCGAGGACACAUCAGGAAUAAGCUGGUCCUGAAGAAAGGCAAGAAACUAAACAAG